AAUAAAGAGCUACGGAGAGAAGAAGAUAAGAAUUUUUGACGCUAUUGAUAUAUAGUCAUUGUUAUGGGAACUACACACCUUUGGAGCCAAGCUGAUGAACUAAAAAUUGUGACGGAGAAUUUGAUACAUUUCACAAUAAAAGGAAAGAAAUAGUAAACCACUUCCAUCCCAUAGCGCACAGCCACAAAUCACCAACUGUGCGCCCACAAGCACCAAGCACGUUCAAAAAAUCCACCACUUCUUAGCCAAACACACAAACUGGUGGCAGCGCUACACUAUCAUCACGUUAAACGAGUCGUUUCAUCGGUUCGCUUGUUUACCAAAUCAGUCGUUUGAGAAACGUUGCCGCAGUAAAUACGUUCAAAUUGUGUGGCGGUUGAUUUUAUUUGAUUUCUCGCAAAAGUGAAAAUGCGCGUGUGUUCGUUUAGUGCUGGCGAGCCGUAAGAUACACGAGAACUUGCGCUAACUUUUUCGGUACGUCUUGGUUUAAGUUUAAACGGAUUUGCGCUAACGUCUACGGCGGACGAUACGAGUAGCACCAUCGCCUGCCGGAUUGUUGGGACGGCGACGAAGCAUCCGAAAAUUUUCGAAUUGGCUCAGCGGGUUUUUUUACUUUUGGCAAAAAUAUCUUUCUUUUUUUGCCAUUAACUUUUGGCGUAAACUUUUUUUGUUUCAUUUUACUUUAUAAGAGUUUAUACGAGACGACGAGUGUUGUUUGGAGUCGCCGGAAUCGUUGUUGACGACGUUAUUGUCUUUUGUUGUGAAUUGUUGCUACUUACGGUGCAAACGUAGAUACGUACAUAUGUACAUAAAUACAUAUAUAAGUUGUGCAGUUUUUGUGUAUAUAUAUAUUUUUUAAUAUUUGUUGCCGUUCAUGCUAAACUUGAUUUUUAAGCUGAGCUUGCAAAAAUAAAGAAAAGUAAAAAUAAAAAAAAAAAUUUUAAAAAAUAAAAAUUGAAGAAAAAUAUGAAACCAUAAUGCUUUUACUGACGAAUUCCAUUUAGAAAAAUAAUAAAAAAAAUAAACGAGCGCAAAAACAAGUCUGUUCUCUGUUUUGUACGUCGUUAGCAGCGGUUUUAUGAUUAUGAGCUGUGAAAUUGUGUAGUGACAAAGAUGGAAUAAAGUAUGUCUAUACAUAUACAUAUACAUACAUACAUACAUACAUACAUAUAUACAACAAGCAAAGUAAUAACAAAAUUUUUUAAUUAACAAGAUUUAUGAAUUGUUUGAAGUGAAGGCGCCUACUUUCCGAUAGAUAAGUUUAUGCUAUUGUCGACAACUGCACAACAACUACCACAAAAAGAAAAACAACAACAAAAGUUGCAAAUAAAAAUCUGUGUUAAAGUGUCAUACUAAAAUAAUCGAGUUUUAUUUACUUAUAUUGUCCUGGAUUAAAUAUACUUAAAUAACUCGAUUUUUAGCGCGCAGAAAAAGUGAGCUCAAAACAAAAAGAAAAAAAAAACUAAACAAAAAACGUCAAAAACGUACAAGCGAGUUUUUUAAAAAUCCCUAAAACGCAAACAAAGUGCAAAUAUUAUGACUUCAUAAUUUUCCAAUUAUUAUUUUACACAAUAAAUUUUUAACGAAAAUUUCACUUUUCUACGCCAAAAAAAUGUUGGAUAACAGUUACAUGCAGGACUACGAUGUCCCACGUCCACAAGCCAUUAAAAUUCAAAAGAAACUUUAUGCAAAAGCCAUCUACGACAACUUUGCCGAUUCGCCUGAUGAGUUGGCCUUCAAAAAAGGCGAUGUCCUCACAGUCAUAGAACAGGAUACAGAUGGCUUGGAAGGUUGGUGGCUCUGCAGUUUGCGCGGACGAGAGGGCCUUUGUCCCGGCAAUCGGUUACGCAUAUUGAACUCCUAUGAUUCCGGCUGCUACUCGCUAUCACCGCCACCCUCACCCUGUCCCUCAUUGGCACCGAGUCUGAUCACCUUGAACAGUAACUCGACCGCUUGCUAUGAUCAUUUGUCUAUAAACAGCAGCGGUGGCACCAUCAGCAGCGCCAGCAGCAGUAGUCAUCAUGCCAACAGUAAUGCAAACGCCCACAAUCUCGGUGGCGGUCUACUACGUGACAACCAACAGACACACCUCCUAACACAACAACAACGACAGGGUACAAGACGCUCCUGGCAUGUGUCGCCGAAUAAGGUCAUAACGCCGCAGCGACACGGUGAUGUUUACAUCUACAACUGUCCGGCUGUCGCUAAUACAUCAACCGUAUCAUCCUUCAGUCGUUGGCAUAGUCAACCUCAUCAUCAUCAUCAACAACAACAACAGCAACAACAACAACUAUACAGCAACCAAAGUAUCUAUCAGAACAUCUGCAUGAUGUCGAAUGGCAGCAGCGGAAAUAGCAGCGAGUUCGAGACCUACGAUACACCAAAGCCGGCCACGCCAGUCAAUUACGAUUGUCCGAAGAAUGUGUGUCGCACACCGACAUCGGCCACGCAGCUGCAUCACAAUAUGAAAGUCUGUUCGACGCCCAUACAAGAGGAAUCGUAUGAUGUGCCGCGUCCGCUCAACUCGUUGUUGCAGCAUCACAACACUUUGACGCCGAGCAGCUCGAACUCGUCGCUGUUGACCAGCGACAGUUUGAGUUUAUCCUUCUCGUCGUCGAAUCGUUCCUCGUUGGCGAAUAUGCCUGACUAUGAUGUGCCGCGUCGUAAUCCGCUACCGGUACGCGUCGUGCAGCAACAACAACUUUUACUACAGCAACAACAACAACAACGCCAACAGCAACAGCAGCAGCAGCAACAGUCGGCGCAAGCUGCGAAUGGCCAAUGCGGCGCUUACGAUUUCCCACUGCCGUCGAACGUGAGCACACCGGUUGCAGAGAAGGUGUCGCCCAACACCACACUAAUGGCCGCGGCGGCAAGCAAAGAGUUGCCACUGGAAUUGAACUCGGCGCUGUAUACGCUGGAUAAACUGCAAUUCGAGGCGACAACAGCAAUCACAAAACUGCUCUCCUUUGUCACACCAAACUGGCGUCAACGCGAGAAGCUGGAACCAGUCUUAAUGGACGUCAAGCUGACCGCUGUGCGUCUACGCACCGCGCUGCAUGACCUCAGCGAGUUCGGUGAGGGUGCUUUAGGUAAUGCAACGCGCUCUGAGGAUCGCAAUUUGGCUUUGAAACUGCGUCCACAUGUGCGCGCCCUACGUGACGCUGACAAACUCGUGCACGAUACCACCGAAACUCUGGAUGCACAGGGUUGGGCAGUGGAGCAACUGUUGCGCAGUGAAGAGAAAUACAAAACAAUCAGCAAACCGCCCGACAGCCUCGAUCAGCUGAUAGCCUGCGCGCAAACGCUCACCGAAGACGUGCGGCAGACAAUAUCUUUCAUACACGGCAAUGCGUCGCUGCUAUUUAAGCGCAGUCUAAGUGAUUCGGCCACUGAGGACGCAGCGGUGGAGAGUGCGAAAGGCGCAAGCUCAACACAACAAGAUCAACCAAAUCGCGGCAGCUCGGAAUGGGUGGAAGAUUAUGAUUAUGUUUCGUUCGAAUCGAAAGAUGCAGCAGCGAAAAAGAAUUCAGCGCUACGUGAGGCUAUACCAGCAAAUUUGAAGAAAAACUUCGAUACCGUUAUUAAAGCGGCAGAAACGACCGUCAUGGCCGCCUCAAAUGUACCCACCACGGUUGCCGCAAACAACAGCGUCAAAAAGCAAGAGUUAACGGUGAAGGACAAAAAAUUGGUAUGCUAUUAUGCCGUACAAAUCUCCACGCACAUGGGUAAUCUCCAACAGGCGAUCGACUCCUUCCUAGAGACGGUGGAAAAGAAUCAACCGCCGAAAUUUUUCAUUGCCUAUGGCAAAUUUGUCGUCGUCAGCGCGCACAAUCUUGUCACAAUCGGCGAUAUAGUGCAUCGCAAUGUCUCCAAACCGGAGUUGAAGGAGAAAAUCUUACGCUGCACCGAUGCGCUCUCCGAAGCGCUCAAGACUUGCGUGCAAAAGUCAAAGAAAGCCGCAGCGCAAUUUCCUAGCGUCACUGCAGUGCAAGAAAUGGUCGACUCGGUGGUGGAUAUUAGUCAUUUGGCGGCGGAUCUUAAGGUUGCCAUGCUACAGGCGGUACAACUGAGCUUAUAAGACGGUCUGUGUUGGCCGAACGUUAGUUGUCAAAGGCUUCAAAAGUCUUCCACACUAUAUACAUGCAUACAUACGAGUAAAUAUGUUAUAGUCUAAAGCUCCUAUUGUACGUACGAGGGAUAGGAUUUUUUUUCUUCUGGAAACGCUGCUAAAAUACACUCCAUUCAACUCUAUUCAUCUAACAUACAUAGUUAAUGUGCUUCUACGCUUUAUGCUUCCAGCAAGGCAAAAUACAUAGAUUCUAAAGCAUAUAACGGUUAUUUUAGCACAAUACAAGUAACAUAAUCAAAGAAAAGUUGGCAGCUGCUUGGUGAAGUGCCGAUAUACGAGUAUGUGUAGUCAAAAGCCAAAUUCUUGUCGUUUAAAAUUGAUUUUGAAUUAAACGGUAUUGCAAUAAAAACAACAUAUACAACAUAUACAUAUAUAAAAAUACAUGCAUACAUAUAUUUAAAUAGUAUAAAUGGACAACUAUUGAAGAGAAGUUUUUUUUUUUUAUAAAAUUCAAUGUAAAAAGUGACCAACGAAGAUCUUGAGCUCUUCCAAGAUGUCAAACAAAACGUCGGAUAUACGUCGUGUAUGCCGGAAACGACUUUGACUUUAACAGUAUUUAUCUAAAAUAUUUGAGGAAUUUUAUAAGCGGGUGCUAUUUCUACGCCCAACAGUCAGAUUUGAAGAGAUCGAAAAGACUUCCUUGUGUGGAUCUGCAAUUUCCCAAAAACUUUCUUGUUUAGAUAAACAUUUAUUUAAUGCUGUUAUAAUAAUAACAUUUACAUUAGUAUAUGUAUGUAAUUGAAGAAUGUUAAUUUAAUAAGAAAAUAUAAUUUUAAAUGUGAUAUUUUAAGCGAAAAUUGUUUAAGAAUUUUUUACAUAAAUCGCAAAUUUCUACAAAACAAAAUUGGCUCGUUAGCAAUUUUGUAAAUGUACUACAUACAUACAUGCAUACUAUAUAUGUAUGUAUUAACAAUGCUAUGUAUGCAUAAAUUAAUUUAUUCAAAAUUUGUUGUAUAUAUUUCUGAUUUACUAAUGUAACAUAUCUAUUUAGCAUGUAUAUUAGCCCUUAGCAUCGGUAAAAACCCCUUUGAAAUAAAAUUUUUUGUUUAUAUUUUUAUUUUUUUUUAUUUUUG